AUGUUCAAGUUUUUAUCGCAGAGGUAUUUCUCAUCGGCCUAUGCCAAUUUAAAGAGAGUAGUACCUCAAUACGUAGAUUUUGAAACAAAAUUUCCAAAAUGUAAAAUAGAUAAACCAUUGUUGCCUAUACCAUAUACACAGGAGAAAAACCAAGCACUUUUAAAAAAUAUGGAUUUUAAGCAAACACUUAGUGACUGUAGAGUUGUAAAACAGUUAUCUAUUAGACGUGUAAAGUUUAGCGGAAGGAACUACACGGGACACAUAACCGUUCGCCACCGGGGUGGAGGACAUAUCCAACGCAUUCGUUUUAUUGACUUUAAAAGGCAACGAAAGGACAUAUUUGCUACUGUAUUGCGUAUAGAAUAUGAUCCUAUACGUACUGCGCAUAUCGCGUUGGUGCAAUAUGACGACGGUGUUCUGAGUUAUAUUUUGUGUGCUGCUGGAAUUUUACCGGGAACCAGGUUGUUAGCUAGUGCUUCAGCGCCAAUAGAACCUGGUAAUUGUCUUCCACUGCGAAAUAUUCCAACAAACUCCAUCGUACACAAUGUGGAAAUAAGACCCGGUGCUGGAGGUCAAAUUGCAAGAUCUGGUGGAGUAUAUUGUACUCUCGUAGAAAAAGAUGAUCAUUUUGCUACACUGAAGUUAUCGUCCACAGAGUUGCGCCGAUUCCCACUUGACUGCUGGGCCACAAUAGGUCAACUUUCAAAUACUGAACAUUCCAAAAAAAACCUUAAAAAGGCUGGCACAAGAAGAAAUAUGGGUUGGAGACCCAGUGUUCGUGGUCUUGCCAUGAAUCCAAAUUGCCAUCCUCAUGGAGGUGGAACCAGUCAAAAAGGUACAAAACGUCCUAGAUGCUCCAUUUGGGGUAUUUGUACAUCUGGCUAUCGUACUAGAAGCAAGAACAAACCUCUCGGUUUCAUCGUACGUCGUAAAGUAUGUGGAAGAUUAAUGAAAAAGUAUGGAAUCUCAAAGAACUCAUAA